GCGUUGCAAAAAACAACCACCAGAGUGCGAGACGUCAAGUCGCGACUCCAAUUUUUAUUUAUUUGCUUGCAGUGAAUGAAAGGGUAAUCAUCCCCCGAUUUUGUCCACCAUCCCAUCCGUGUUCGGGGUGAAAUCUUGUGCAAAGUGUUUAGGCCACCCGGGGUGGUCAAUCUUAGUGAAAUAAAAAGUCACACUACACGAUGGGAUUUAGUCGAUUGAGUGCGUUCAAUUUUGUGCUGUGCACGUCAUUUUGGAUACUGUGUUGCAAUGGUUAUACCCAGAGUAUUGGGCAGGGUUUUCCCCUGGAAACUGAAAAAUUCCUCACUACACCACACUACUACACCACCAGUGAGAUUGAGGAUCUGUUUGCACACCUCCAGAAGGAGUUUCCCACGAUGGCCAGGGUGCAUUCAAUUGGUAAAUCGGUGGAAGGACGGGAGCUCACAGUGCUCGAGAUUAACAAGAACGUUCGCAAGAGAUCACUGCUGACGCCGAUGUUUAAGUAUGUCGCCAACAUGCACGGCGAUGAAACUGUUGGUAGACAGCUGCUAGUCUACUUGGCGCAAUACUUGCUCACAAACUACGGUAUUGUGCCAGAAGUGACCAAACUCGUAGAUACCACGGACAUCUUCCUUAUGCCAUCCCUCAAUCCAGAUGGUUAUGAACGUUCUAAGGAAGGAAGCUGCGAAUCACCUGAAAAUUACUUUGGACGCAACAAUGCCGCAGGUGUUGAUCUCAAUCGUGAUUUUCCCGAUCGAUUUGAUUCAUCGCUCAUGAGGCAUUUUAGGGCAAUGACACGCCAGCCCGAAACAGUGGCCAUGAUGACCUGGAUCCUCAACUCACCCUUCGUCCUCUCUGCCAAUUUGCACGGUGGUGCUGUCGUCUCUAGCUAUCCCUAUGACAAUUCUGUCAAUCAACAUGAGUGCUGUUCCGAGAGUUUGACACCUGAUGAUGAUGUUUUCAAGCUCUUGGCACACACCUAUUCCUCGAAUCAUCCUGUGAUGAAAACUGGUUCCAAUUGCAAUGAAACAUUCCCGGGUGGUAUUACAAAUGGGGCUUAUUGGUAUGAAUUGAAUGGGGGUAUGCAGGAUUUUAACUAUGUCUUCUCGAAUUGCUUCGAUGUUACUCUCGAAUUGUCUUGCUGCAAGUUUCCCAAAGCCAGUUUCUUGCCCAGUGAGUGGUCAAGGAAUAAGCGGAGUCUGCUGGAGUACAUGAAAUUGGUGCAUAUUGGUGUUAAGGGGAUUGUCAAAGAUACGAAUGGGUACCCGAUUAAAAAUGCUGAGAUUUUUGUUCGGAAAUACGCAGGGAAACCCAUCAAAACGACAGAACGUGGUGAAUACUGGCGUCUUCUGAGGCCAGGAGUUUACCAAAUACAAGCUGCAGCUUUUGGCUAUGAACCCAGCACCAUACAGGAAGUUCUAGUUACCAAUGGAAGUGCUGAGAGAGUAGAUUUUAAUUUGAAACCAUCUGAUAACACUGAAGGCCCAUAUCGUCACUUGGUGACCAUUCGAGAGAAAGCCAAUAAAAAGGAUUUUCUCCUAGAAGCCGAAUUCAGGCAUCAUGGAUAUCAGGAUAUGGUGGUAUUUCUUCAAGAGCUCAAUAGUACUUAUCCCAAUAUUACAAAUUUGUAUAGCAUUGGAAAAAGUGUUCAAGGAAGAGAUUUAUGGGUGUUGGAGAUUACUCAACAUCCAGGAGUUCAUACACCGGGUAUUCCAGAAUUCAAGUACAUUGCCAAUAUGCAUGGAAAUGAGGUUGUUGGGAGGGAAUUGUUACUCUUGCUGGCACAAUAUUUAUGUGAGAAUUAUGGGAGCAAUGAGAGGAUUACAAAAUUGAUUGAUGGUACAAGGAUUCAUCUUUUGCCCAGUAUGAAUCCAGAUGGGUAUGAAGCUGCAAGAGAUAGUGAUAGAUUGCAGAUUUAUGGACGAGCAAAUGCUCAUGGAGUGGAUCUCAAUAGAAAUUUCCCUGAUCAAUAUGGCACAAAUAAGUUCAAUGCUAAGCAAGAACCAGAAACUUUGGCUGUAAUGAAGUGGUCACUAUCUACUCCAUUUGUCCUUUCGGCCAAUUUGCAUGGGGGAUCUCUAGUAGCUAAUUAUCCAUUUGAUGAUACCGCCAAGGACUUUGUGUCUGGUAGUGAUAGGAGAACACAACAAAAUCCAACUGAGGAGAAUGAAUUGUUCAAGUACCUGGCUCGAACGUACUCCAAUGCUCACACCACCAUGCACAAUGCUGUUCGUUGCGUAGAUUUUCAAUCUGAAUACUUUCCGGAGGGUAUUACCAAUGGAGCGGCAUGGUACAGUGUUACAGGUGGCAUGCAGGAUUGGUCAUAUUUGAAAGGUGGUGCUAUGGAAUUGACCCUCGAGGUCAGCUGCAAAAAAUUCCCACCUAGUACGGAACUGGAGGGUUUCUGGGAGCAAAAUAGAGAGGCUCUUAUAACGUACAUCGAGCAAGUUCAUAUUGGUAUUCAUGGAUUUAUUCGUAGCAGUAUUGGGCAUCCUGUAGCUGGCGCUAAGAUAUAUGUCAAUAGAAUGCAACAUACUACUGUCAGUGCUAAAGAUGGUGACUAUUGGAGACUCUUGCUUCCCGGACGGUACAAUAUCACCAUCGAAGCUGAUGGUUUUGAGGCGAUACUUGAGGAAGUAGAAGUUCCUGCAAAUGGUUCAAUAGUCAAGGAUUUCGUAUUGAUGCGUGAUGAUCCGCAACAUUGGUCAUCGGCCUAUGACUAUCGAAUUAUUGAGAAUGUUGUCAAGGUUCAGUAUCACAGCGAUGCCGAGAUCAAUGACGAGUUUCAGAAGCUCGAGGUAGCCAAUUUCAAGAUUGCCAGUCUCGAUGCCGGAGAAAAUGAUGUCAGCAUGGAAUAUCAUACACUAAAGGUCACAGCGGACAUGGGAUCGCCUGAAGAGAAGAAAUUACACAUCCUGGUCUUAUCAUCUCUUUUUGACUCUGCACCCAUUGGACGAGAGAUGGUACUCAAUUUGGCUAGGCAUGUGAUUAAGGGAUAUGCCCUUGGAGAACCACCACUUGAAACCUUGAUCAAUAACACAGUUCUUCACUUUGUGCCCGUAAUGGAGAACUUCAAUGAUGUUUAUGAUCAGUUCUACAAUGACCCCUCUGUUUGCGAUCCGACUGCCAAAGAAGAACUUGCCGAUAAGCUGUUGAACCCCGAGUCGGAUAAGAAGCGCGAUAUGCUGAUAAAGAUGCUGCAGGAUGAGAAAUUUGAUCUUGCUGUAACUCUGACAUCUGGAGGCAGUGAAACGCAGUAUCCGAAAUUGAAGGAUCAAACGCCAAUUUACGCUCGCAUGGCCCAACGGGUGGAUAAUACAAAGAGGCAAGUGAUCAAUCUUAGUUGUCCAUCUACUGAAGCCAGGAAGCAUCAAUUGGAGGUGUCUGAGAAACUGACAAAUCUCCUGUACAACUACUAUGAUGUGCCUUUGUUCACUCUCCAAGUAUCCUGCUGCAAGAUGCCCGAAAAUAUUGCUGGGGCAUGGAGGGGUCAUCUUGAGCGAAUGGUGAACUUUUUGCAUCUGACGGAUACUGGAGUAAUGGGAUAUGUAAAGGAUGUCAAUGGGAAGGAACUCAGAGAGGCUAUGGUGAAGAUUCAAGGGACAGAUUUAACGCACAAAGUUACGGCUAAUCUUGCUUUCUUUCGCAUUAUUUUACCUCCGGGAGAUUAUAAGUUGGAUGUUUACUGUGAGACCCAUGGGAAGUCUACAAUUCCUGUGACCGUCAAGGAGGGUAUAGUCAGUAAUUUGGGAGAUGUUAAGCUUCAGUUGACUGGCAAAAGUGAGAGUAUAGAGGAGAAAAAUGGUGAAAUUUCUGGAUUUGUUCUCGAUACAUCCAAUCAUCCAGUUGCAAAUGCCAAAGUCACUGCAGGCACUUUCCAUGCUUUUACGGAUUCCAUUGGGGGUUAUAAAAUCUCAGGGGCUCCUGUUGGAGACAUUACAAUUACUGUGAAUGCUCCUGGGCAUAUCCAGGACUCCAGAAAGGUUCAUGUGGCAGCUUUUACACCGACAAAAAAUAUAAUUUUCCGAUUGGAAAUUGAUGAACAUGUUAUGGGAAUGCCAAGGAUGGUUUUUGUCCUUUUUGCGGGAUUUCUAUGUGUGGCAGCUAUUGCUUGUGGUGCUUUUUGUAUCACAGCCUGGCAAAAUAGGAAAAACAACUACCAAAAUUAUUCUUUCUCUUUGCUGCGGACAAAUAAUAGCAAGAAGCUCUUUGAAGACGAUGAUGAUGACAAUGACGAAACGGAACUCUUCAGGUCUCCAAUUAAAAAAGGUAUGAAAGUGCAACCCUAUUACGAUGACGAGAGGGAUCCCAUCACAGACACAGACGACGGAAGUGAGGAUGAGAUUGUGAUGCUAAACACUGCUAGUGAGUAUCGUGACUGAUCAUGAUCAUGUACCCUUGAAUCUUAAUUUAUUGCGUUAGAAGUAUAGGAAAGAAAGCGGCGAUGUAAUUUAAUGCUAUUACCACUUAAGCUAGGUAAAAUAUUUCCUCUUUUUUUAUUUACUAAGGUCUGACCACAAUUUUGUGAUUUUUUUUAAUUUAACAUUUGUUAAUUUAAAUAAUUGUAGUAUUUUUUAGUAAUCUAUUUGUCAAUUGUUGUCUAAUGAAGAAUUUUUUUAUUGAGAUGAUUUUUUAUACAGUAAAAGAGAAUUUAUUUGUUAACAUUUUAUUUUUUUAGUCAAAUAGUGUGUACUUAAGGAUAUUAUUCAGUUAACACUUACUAGAAAUGUUACACCUGAGAGUUACAGGUAGAUGGAAAGAGAAGAAACAAAAGACAUUGUGGGCCAAUGGUUAUAAAAAUUAAUGGUAAUGGCAAAAAAGUGUCCAGAAACCAAAAUACAGAAGAGAUAAAUUAUUAUUUUUCCCUGAGACAUUGGCUGUCGUCUGUGAUUUUAAUGUGCAAAAAAUAAAAAAAAGACAAAGAAGGUAAAAUAUCUUCUUCUCUAGAGGAAGAAUAUAGAAACCAAUCAGUGGUUGUUACGGCAGCAAUUUCUAACAUCAUAUCAGAUUAAUAAGAAAAAAAUGAAUCAAUUAAAAAAAAAAGACAACACUGCAUUUAACAUUCCACCCAAAAUAUUCCACAAUAUUCUAAAAAGAAUUUUUUCCACAAUGACAGAGAAUAAUAAGAGAUGUUAUUUUUAAGAAAAAAAAAGAACUAUCCUCUAAUUUGUACAGAGAUUUGAAAAGUAUAACGUGUAAUGGUUGAAAAUGAAAUAUGCGAGUGAGAUAAAUAAAGAAGUUUUUCUUUUUACAAAA